CUUUUGGAGAGCAACAUGAGAGAAACAGGCAAGACGCUGUCAUCAAACUGUGUGAUUGCUUUACCCUCCAGCCUUCCUGGAACAUGAGAUCAAGUGACUUCUAACACUACCUGGAUGGGGAAAGGCAGGUAAAUACAAGCCCCUCCUCUUCACCUGGGAAACUAUUCUUGUGGAGCAAUGAAGGAAGUGGAGUGACCUGAAGGAGUCUUAAGGGGAAGAGCUGACUUCCAAAGGAUUCAUCCAACAUGAAGCUCCGUAUGUCCGCCACCAUUCACUCUUUCCCCUUCGGACAUGUCCCAGAACGCCAGGGUCUUCUGUAUAAGAAGAGCAUUCGCAGUGCCUCCUACCACCAGUGUUGGUGUGAACUCUGGGGCAACCUUCUCUUCUGCCGAGAGCGACAUGGAGACCGUGGCCCUCCUCAGCUUAUUGUCCUAGAAGGCUGCACUGUGGAACUCCAGGAAUCCGCGUCUGAACCAUACACCUUUGUAAUUUCCUAUCCAAAUGGAUUACCUGGUAGUCGCUCCUAUAAGAUGGCAGCAGUGAACCAAGAGACAAUGGAAGGUUGGGUGAGAGCUAUUAGUGCUGCAGGGUUUGGGUACCUCCGAGCCUUGGUUGAUGACCUGGAGAGUCAGUACCGCAGGCUGAAGAGUCAGCAACAGCCCAAAUUAGAGGGAAACCCAAAACGCCAAAUGGACCUUCAUCUACCUCCUUCAGUACCAAAACUGGAAAUGGUACCGCACAACAUGGAUUUUGCUCAACUUCAUCAGGAAUUUGGGAAGGAUAUUGUGAAGGUGAGAGACAUCUGGCAAGAGGAGAAGAGAAGAGAGCAGCAUCUGGAAUGGGUUCCAGAAGCUCUGGAGGGAGAGAGCUUGAUAGAUUUCGGGUAGAGGAAUUAACAAGCUAAAAUACAUAUGAAGUUUGUGGAGAGUGGCACACAGAGAACUAGGCUACGUAAAGUGAUACAAAAUAAUAAAUUUGUAUUUUGAAGAAA